AUGGCCGCCUCUCACUUCAACGGCUUUUCCCUUCCCUUCACCUCCUUGCCCGACCAGUCUCCUCCCCUCAGCUUCGACGACGACUAUUCCCACCACAAGCAACAACAACAACGACAACACCAGCAGCAUCGCCAUCCCCCGGCCUCCCAUGCCAUGGCCGCGCCCGCCUUGCGCGCGAGCUCCGAGAACCGCAGAUCGAGCCCCGGAACCUCGGACGAGAGCACCCAGGAUCGCAACUCGCCCACCGCAAACUCCUUCGAAGACCCGGCCGCCGACGACUUCGCCCUCCGCGGCCGCGGCGACGGCACCGACCUCGGCGGCAGGGCCCAUGACGACAAGAACGGCGCCACGCCCGCAUGGAGCGAGCUCAAGACAAAGGCCGGCAAGGACCGCAAGCGCCUGCCGCUUGCCUGCAUCGCAUGUCGUCGCAAGAAGAUACGCUGCUCGGGCGAGAAGCCCGCCUGCAAGCACUGCAUGCGCUCCCGCAUCCCCUGUGUCUACAAGGUCACCACCCGCAAGGCCGCGCCCCGCACCGACUACAUGGCCAUGCUCGACAAGCGCCUCAAGCGCAUGGAGGAGCGCAUCAUCAAAAUCGUCCCAAAGGCCGACCACGAAGGCUCCCCACCCGUCGUCCGCGCCGUCGUCAAGCCCUCAAUGCCGGGUGCUGGCCCCCCCACCAGGCAGCCGGCCUCGAGGAAGCGCGGCCUCGACGAGGCCUUUGGCGCCGAUCUCGAGGCUUGGGUCAAGGCCCCAUCCAAGCCCAAGCUCCCCGACGUCGCCGCCGACGAAUCUGCCUCCGUCGAGGUUCAAGAAGAGGAAGAGAACAAGCUCUUCCGCGAAGGUAUCGACGCCUUGCCGUCCAAGGACGUCCAGGAGCACCUCGCCGAGGUCUUUUUCGAGAAGGUCUAUGGCCAGGCCUAUCAUCUCCUCCACAAGCCGAGCUACAUGCGCAAGCUGAGGAACGAUGCGCUGCCGCCCGUGCUGGUCCUGUCCGUCUGCGCCGUGGCAGCACGCUUCACGCCCAAUCCCAAGAUCAGCCCGACUCCGCGCCAGUUCCUCCGCGGAGAAGAAUGGGCCUCGCGCGCUCGAGACAUCUGCACCAGGAGAUAUGAGUGGCCCAACAUCACCAUCUUGACCUGCCUCCUGAUCCUGGGCCUGCACGAAUUCGGAACCUGCCACGGCGGUCGCAGCUGGGCGCUGGGGGGCCAGGCCAUCCGCAUGGCAUUUGCCCUCCAGCUGCACAAGGACCUCGAGUACGAUCCGCUGUGCCGCACCGCCAAGAUGCCGCUGAGCUUCGUCGAUCGCGAGAUUCGCCGGCGAAUCAUGUGGGCGUGCUUCCUGAUGGAUCGCUUCAACUCGUCCGGGUCUGAUCGGCCCAUGUUUAUCAAGGAAGAGUCCAUCAGGAUUCCGCUGCCCGUCGGCGAGAGAUAUUUUCAGCUCGACAUGCCCGUCCAGACGGAAUCUCUCGACGGCACCGCGCCCCCGCCCGACUCGUGCCAAGGGGACAGGCAGCUGGUCCCGGCGAAAGAGAACAUGGGCGUGGCUGCCUUCACCAUCCGAUCCAUAGCCAUCUGGGGGCGCAUCAUCACCUACCUCAACCAGGGCGGCAAGGAGAUGGAUUCGCACCCCAUGUGGAGCCCCGAGUCCGACUACGCCAAGCUCGUCAACGACAUCGACACCUUUACCCGCACCCUUCCCGCGAGCUUUCAGUACACGCCGGACAAUCUCGACCUGCAGAUUACCGAGAAGACGGCAAGCCAGUUCCUCCUCUUGCAUCUGUCGAUCCAGCAGAACACGCUCUUCUUGAGUCAGGCGGGCGUGACCUUCGCCAAUGGCCGGGCCGGGCUGGAGGCGCCCAGGGACUUUCUGUCCCACGUCGGCGCCCGAACCUUUACCGCCGCCAACCGGAUAUCGGAGAUACUCAGGGACUCGGAGCAGUCCCAGUGCUGCGUCUCGGCGCCCUUUGCCGGCUACUGUGCUUUCUCCUCGACAACGAUACACAUCAUGAGCAUCUUCUCCGGCAGCCCGGCUGUCAAGGCCGCGGCCGAGGCCAACUCGGGCGUCAACAUCCGGUUCCUGCGCAAGACGACGCGGUACUGGGGCAUGUUUCAUUGGAUGGUGGAGAACAUUCGCACGCAGUAUCGCAACGCCAUGAACGCGUCUCGGUCGGGCACGCCCAACGGCGACGGAUCUGCCGCCUCUUCCAUCAUCCAUUACGGCGACUGGUUCAGCAAAUACCCACACGGUGUGUCUGACGCCGACUUCCUGGAUCCCACCAUUAACAAGAAGAAGGAAAAGGGCGAGGAUGCCGUGCUGGAGCAAAAGCCCGAGCUGCAGUCGGUCGAGGAGUUCUUCACGACCCUGUCGCCGUCGCUGAAUGCCGAGGCCAAGGAUACACAGCGGGGCGGUCCGUCUAAGCGGAGGCAAAUGACCAAGAGGCCGGGCGAAGCGGGCCCAGGGGCGGGUGCCAACGGCGGAGAGUCACUGAAGUCCGAGGCAGCCGCUCAACCCGUCGGUGGACGUCCUGGGGCCAGCCAAGAGGGCUCCGCUCGACAACAACCGCCGCCGCCGCCGUCGCAACCGAAAAGGCAGCAGCAGCCACAGCAGCAGCAGCUGCCGCGGAGGUUCUCGGCGUCUUUGGGUGGCCAGACGAGUGGGCCGGCUACCAUCAGUCCUCUGGGCAUGCCGCAGUCUCAGCCACAGUCGUACUCGUGGGUGUUGCAGCAAAUCACCCAAGCCAUGCCCGAGGCAGGAGGCGAGGCCAAGUCUCCCAAGACGAGCCGCCGUCUCCGCACCGCGGACAACGAGACGCCUCCGCGGCAGGUGCGCUUCGACGAGUCGAGCAAGAAGUCGACGGCGUCGAUUGCCAGCGGCAACGCCGUCGCCGAGGGCAACCAGCCGGAGAGCUUCCCUGCGCUCGGCGGUGCUGCUGCCACGGCCUGGUACACGGCCGCGGACCCGACGCGUAGCAUCAGCUUUGCAGGCCAGCCGCCCGUUCACGUCAACAACGCGGGCCCCAGCAUCGCCAACCCGCCGCCUCCUACGCCCUACCCUCUUCACCACCUCCACCACCUGCACCACCACCACCACAACAACCUCCACCUGCCUCACCUGCCUCACCUGCCUCACCACCCCGUCACCUUCAUCGGACAGCAGCAGCAUCCCGUCAACAUGGCCGACUACGCCAACACCGCCGCGCCCCCCAUGGGCGUCAACUUCCAGCCGCCCGUCCCGGACACCACCUUUGGGCCCAUCCCGCACCUCUACGUGCCUCGCUUCGACCCGGUCCCCCAGGGCGUCCAAGUCGGUCUUCCUCCUUCCAUCCACUAUGUUCCCCUCGUCGCUCCUUGCCCUGCGCCGCGCAUGGAGCCCUCGGCCGCCACCUUUUCCGUCUUGGUCCCCAGGACGUUUUACACGGGCGGGUAUCCCUAUUAUGCAAGUGCCAACCGAUAUUUAUUACCCCCUUUCCAGCCCCAGGCCGCCCCUGUUGGCCAGCCCAACUACGUCGUCGCCCCGCAGCAGCAGGGCUUCGUCUCUCCGGGCCAUCAGCAGCAGCAGCCCAUCAUGAUCAACGGACAGGCCUACUUCCCCGCCGCUCCGGCCGCGGGCGGUGGUGUCGGCCAGCCGUUUAUCGGCCCGACCAUGGUGCAGGGGCCCAUCCCCGUCGUCGCGCCCGGCGGCGGCGGACCGGCGGUGCCCUUCAUGGCAGGUAAUGGAAACAAUCCCGAAGUGUCUGGCCUCGGGCGCACCCCCAACGAGGAGAUGCUUCGGCAGAUCCAGUUUGCGCACCAGAACAAGCUCUUUGAGCCCCAGGACUUCAAGCCCGGGGACGAUGACCCCAGCCGCUUCUAUUACGUUCGCGAGGUUGACGGCAACUGGACCCAGCGCAACCGCUAUACUAUUGACCGCAUGUCGUGCCGCUGGUACGUCACCGACGAAGGAUGGUUCUACGCCGUGCGUCUCCCCGACUAG